AUGACUGAGAUAUCUUUGACAGCUUCGCCGUCUAACGGUACCGUUCAAGUAGUUCGAUAUAAUGGGGAUACAAUUGCGGUUUUAAAAGACAGCUCUACAUUUAAAGGACUUGUUCCAUUUGAUUUGGAAAGUUGUGAAGUGACUCCAUUUAAGAUUUCUGACGACGAACCCACCACCAUUACUUUGAAAGAUCGUGCAUGGAAGCUGCAGCUGAAAUGCAUUGUCUCGUUGGAUCCUUUGUCUGAGAAUCAUUGGUUCUUUCUUUCAGCACCCAGGGAUAACAGACUGGAUGAUCUCAGCCUGUCUUUUUCACAAAAGAACUUGUCAAAGCUGAUUGAGAACUUAGAAGCGCUCUUAGCACCUCGUUUGAGUGCGGGGCCGAAGUCCUACAGGCUCUUCCUGAUGAGUGAGCCGCAGCUAACGGAGGGUGUACCCGCGACCCGCUUCAGGUUUCCAAAAGGUGAAGCAUCUCAAAGUGCAGUGGUGUUGCCCCAUGAACGUGUUUGGUUCGCCGAUACCCCUGUUGAAAUCGUUGCGAUGCUUUUGGAGCUUCUCCAGGGCUUUUUUAUCCAUCAUCAAGUGGAGCCCACUGUCGUUGUAUGGCCAUUUUACCUACCAUUUCCCGUUAACGUUCAUGCGACAACGGAUGUGCUUCGCCGGGCGGAGCAUGAAGCGCUUUUACUACCGCCGCAGAGCCUGCUUCAGGUGGAGAGGCGAAUCCAGGACUGGGAUACGGCCGAGAAUCUGAUAAAACCGCCUCCUUCCGGCACCCAAGGCGCCAAACCUGAGCGGGAGCGGAGGCAUAUCGUUCAAAAUCCACAUCUGGCGCUCAAAAAAGGGCCCUCCCCGCCCAUCGUCGAUGCUACUACGCACCUUGUUAGCGGCACCUAUGACUACUUUCACUACCGCUCCGACGGCUUUAUAGAUGAUGGGUGGGGUUGUGCGUAUCGUAGUCUUCAGACGAUCCUAUCCUGGUUUCGCUACGAGGGCUACCUCACGCAGCCAGUCCCGUCGAUCCAAUCUCUGCAAAAGAUCCUUGCUGUCAUCGAUCCUGACAAAUCAAGCAAACCUAACUUUGUCGGGUCAAAAGAAUGGAUAGGUUCGAUUGAAAUUAUGCUGGUUUUGGGGUACUUUAUGCCGGGACUCGAAUGCACGAUCAAGCAUUUGGAAAGUGGCUCAGAAUUGGAUACGGACCCCUCGCUCCAGCUUACCCUGCAAGAGCAUUUUAAGAAAGAGCGUUCUCCCCCGAUUAUGAUUGGCGGUAGUAGCUAUGCUCAAACAAUUUUGGGCAUUUAUGCCGAUGUCGACAAGGCUGAGGCGCUCUACCUUAUCCUAGAUCCGCACUACUCCGCUAAUCCUACUGAUCUUAAGACCGCUGUCAGCAAAGGCUAUGUUGGGUGGAAGCAGGCCAAAAAGUUUUUUAAUUUCAGCUCCUGGUAUAACAUUUGUAUUCCACGCGUAGAUCUUUACGAUCCACGAUAA